AUGAGCAGCACACUCAGCCAUAUCUCUAAUCCAUCCUUUCCUGGAGCUGACCCUGCCUUUACAGCCAGGCCACAACUCAGGGCUCAGCAGCAGGCCAGAGGCCUCCCUUGCUCCAGACCCAAGUGUGUGGAAGACCAUGCUGAAUGGGCUAGGGGACUAUGGGAACCCAGGUCUCACUGCGCAGAUGGCCUCUGUCCCCAGAUCCACAAGACCGGCAGCACCCUGUCCUACGAUAUCCACUACUGGAUCGGUCAGGCCUCGUCCCAGGAUGAGCAGGGGGCAGCUGCCAUCUAUACAACACAGAUGGACGACUACCUGAAGGGCCGCGCUGUCCAGCACCGAGAGGUCCAAGGCAAUGAGAGCGAGACUUUCCGAAGCUACUUCAAGCAAGGCCUUGUGAUCCGGAAAGGGGGUGUGGCUUCUGGCAUGAAGCAUGUGGAAACUAACUCCAGCGAUGUCAGGCGACUGUUGCACGUCAAGGGCAAGAGGAACGUGAUAGCCGGAGAGGUGGAGAUGUCCUGGAAGAGUUUCAACCGAGGAGACGUCUUCCUGCUGGACCUUGGAAAGCUUAUCAUCCAGUGGAAUGGUCCAGAGAGCAACCGCAUGGAGAGACUUCGGGGCACGACCUUGGCCAAAGAGAUCCGAGACCAGGAGCGGGGCGGGCGCACCUACGUGGGUAUAGUGGAGGGUGAGAAUGAAGGAGACUCCCCACAGCUGAUGGCAAUUAUGAACCACGUGCUGGGCCAACGCAAGGAACUGAAGGCGGCGAUCUCUGACUCCGUGGUGGAGCCGGCAGUUAAGGCUGCACUCAAGCUCUACCAUGUAUCCGACACAGAAGGAAAACUGGUGGUUAGAGAAGUUGCUACUCGGCCACUCACACAGGACCUGCUCAAGCAUGAGGACUGCUACAUCCUGGACCAGGGAGGUCUGAAGAUCUUCGUGUGGAAGGGGAAAAACGCUAACGCCCAGGAGAGGAGCGGAGCCAUGAACCAGGCCUUGAAUUUCAUCAAAGCCAAGCAGUACCCACCGAGUACGCAAGUGGAAGUGCAGAAUGACGGGGCCGAGUCAGCCAUCUUCCAGCAGCUCUUCCAGAAGUGGACAGUGCCCAACCGGACCUCAGGCCUGGGCAAGACCCACACAGUGGGUUCCAUAGCCAAGGUGGAACAGGUGAAGUUUGAUGCAACGUCCAUGCACGUACAGCCUCAAGUGGCUGCCCAGCAGAAAAUGGUGGAUGACGGGAGUGGGGAAGUGCAGGUGUGGCGCAUCGAGGACCUAGAGCUGGUGCCCGUGGAUUCCAAGUGGCUGGGCCAUUUCUACGGUGGCGACUGCUACCUGCUGCUCUACACCUACCUCAUAGGGGAGAAGCAACACUACUUGUUGUAUAUCUGGCAGGGCAGCCAGGCCAGUCAGGAUGAAAUUGCAGCCUCGGCUUAUCAAGCUGUCAUCCUGGACCAGAAGUACAAUGAUGAACCAGUGCAGAUCCGGGUCCCCAUGGGCAAAGAGCCGCCUCACCUCAUGUCUAUCUUCAAGGGACACAUGGUGGUUUAUCAGGGAGGCACUUCCCGAGAGAACAACUUGGAGCCUGUGCCCUCCACAAGGCUGUUUCAAGUCCGAGGAACAAGUGCCAAUAACACCAAGGCUUUUGAGGUCACAGCCCGGGCCACCUCUCUCAACUCCAAUGAUGUCUUCAUACUCAGGACUCCAUCCUGCUGCUACCUGUGGUGUGGGAAGGGCUGCAGUGGGGAUGAGCGGGAGAUGGCUAAGAUGGUUGCCGACACUAUCUCUCGGACGGAGAAACAAGUGGUGGUGGAGGGACAGGAACCAGCCAACUUCUGGAUGGCCCUGGGUGGUAAGGCGCCCUACGCCAACACCAAGAGGCUGCAGGAGGAGAACCAAGUCAUCACUCCUCGACUCUUCGAAUGCUCCAACCAGACUGGGCGCUUUAUGGCCACAGAGAUCUUUGACUUUAAUCAGGACGACCUGGAGGAGGAUGAUGUAUUCCUAUUGGAUGUCUGGGACCAGGUCUUCUUCUGGAUAGGGAAACAUGCCAAAGAGGAAGAGAAGAAGGCUGCAGCCACCACUGUACAGGAAUACCUCAAGACCCACCCUGGAAACCGAGACCCCGAGACCCCUAUCAUUGUGGUGAAACAGGGGCAUGAACCCCCCAUCUUCACAGGCUGGUUCCUGGCUUGGGACCCCUUCAAAUGGAGUAGCAUCAAAUCCUAUGACGACUUUAAGGUAGAGCUCGGGAACUCUGGGGACUGGAGCCAGAUUGCUGAUGAGAUCAUGAGUCCCACAGUGGAUGUGUUCACUGCCAGUACCAGCUUCAGUUCUGGGCCCCUGCCCAUCUUCCCCCUGGAACAGCUGCUGAACAAGCCUGUGGAGGAUCUCCCUGAGGGUGUGGACCCCAGCAGGAAGGAGGAGCACCUGUCCAUUGAUGAUUUCACUAAGGCAUUGGGGAUGACUCCAGCUGCCUUCUCUGCUCUGCCCCGAUGGAAGCAACAAAACCUCAAGAAAGAAAAAGGACUAUUUUGAGAAGUGUAGCUCUGGCCGUCCAGCAGCCCCCCAACCCUGCCCUUGAGGAGUUUGUUCUGCCAUUACUCUUUUUUGUCCUAUGCCAGUUGAAAGUGUCAAAUUGUAUCUGUGAGCCAGUGUGACAGUCAAUCCCUUAUGUUUAUCAUAGUGACCUAUUCAUUCCUUCAGAAAGAUGCCACAGCCCCAUGGAGUCUUGUUUUUGAGUCCCACCACUCUCCACCCCUUAUAGGAGCAGUCACACUCCAGGAGAUAAUAGCAUGUGGCUUGUCUUUCAUUUACAGCUGGGGAGUAGGGGGUGUUUGGCAGUUUGACAACAUUCCUACACGAUGGCCUCCUUCUCAGGUGCUAAAGGCACCUUCC